UAUCCCGCGCUGUGAUUGGUGGAGUGCUGCUGCAUGGCCGCUUUUGACUGUCAAGCUGCAGAAGACGAUCGUUUGUUUGUUUCGUCAAUACCUACGAAAAGCAACCAAUAUCACCAAAGAGAGAUACACUUUUGACAUUUUAUUCCCGAGACUUGACCAAUAUGGACGUCGAAAAAGAUUACUCGCGCUGACUGACGCGGGUUAUGCCAGUCGCCUCUCGCCUAGGCGGAACGGGUCCCUUCCGUGACGACGAGGACUCUAUUUUCUUUUUUAUUGACAGGAUGAAGAGAGAAAAGCGACUUAAAAGCUUUAAAGUACACAGGACCCUUUUGUUUCAACGCCAUCGAGGGGAUUCAUCAGUGGGAUUUUCAAAUGAAAAUGGAGGAUAUGGCCCUUUCAGGCCCAGACAACACCAGGCUGGAGGCUUUGGUCCACGAUAUCUACUCUGAGCUGGUGGAGGAUGCCUGCCUGGGCCUUUGCUUUGAGGUGCAUCGCGCUGUCAAGCAUGGCUACUUCUUCCUAGACGACACCGACCCGGAGAGCGCCAAGGAAUUCGAGAUUGUAGACCAGCCAGGACUGGACAUCUUUGGCCAGGUGUACAACCAGUGGAAGAACAAGGAGUGCGAGUGUCCCAAUUGCAAGCGGUUGAUCGCCGCGUCCCGCUUUGCGCCGCACUUGGAGAAGUGCCUGGGCAUGGGGCGCAACAGCAGCCGGAUCGCCAGCCGCAGACUGGCCAGCAACAACAACAAUGUGAGCAAGUCAGAGAGCGACCAAGAAGAUAAUGAUGACCUGAAUGACAACGACUGGUCGUACGGUGCGGAAAAGAAAUCUAAGAAGAGAAAGUCAGACAAGAAUCAGAAUUCACCUCGGCGAUCCAAAUCUCUAAAGCACAAAAAUGGUGACUUGAACAGCAGCGUCACUUCCGAAGCUUUCAAGUACAACAACUACAACAAUGCUGGCAUCAGUUACGAAACUCUGGGCCCCGAGGAAGUCAGAUCGCUUCUGACCACGCAAUGUGGGGUGAUCUCUGAGCACACCAAGAAGAUGUGCACAAGGUCUCAGCGGUGUCCCCAGCACACGGACGAGCAGAGGAGGAGCGUCAGGGUGUUCCUCCUGGGGCCGUCCGCGUCGUCCCUACCUGACGCCGACGCCUCGGUGGAGGGCGACAUGUUUGAGCUUCAAGGGGACGGCAGCGGGGCCCAGAGUCUCAUCAGCCGCCUGCAGUGGGAAGACUCGCCAGAGAUUUCACCCACCGACUCCGCCUCAUCCAGAGCCAGCACCAACCAUUCAGACCCUCGCAGGCCCAAGAAGAAAAAGCGAACCUCACUGGUUUUGAACAGCACGGCAGUAGGAGGAGGAGGAGGAGGAGUCAGCGGCGAAGGAACAAGCGGAAGUCUAACAAGUGGCAGCAAUGGCGGCGUCUCGCAGAGUAACGUUGGCUUGCCUGCCAAGAAAAAGCGCCCCAAACUUCCUGCUCCUUCUAUUUCCAGCAUCUUCGAUGACUUGAACUAGCACCAUAGGACACCCCUCCACCCCCUCGUCUCUCCGCCAACUUGACAGAAAGUGUCGGGAUGAUGUGGUCAGGUGCACUAACAACCACACACACACAUAUACAUUCCUCUGCUCUGUACUGCUGUGUGUAUUCCAGGUGAUGUGCGACUGGUGUAUACCGUAUUUUCUUAAAUGGUGGCCUGUCUGUCUCAAUCUGUCCUGUCAGUAAACACCAUAGCCCAAAACACAUUAAUGCCUCGCUCCAAUUCUACCGUACCCCAAAAGACAGACACAUUAAUGCACCCCAACAUAUCCCCAAAAGACAAACCCAUGCCUUACUGAUUGGCGCCAUACCCCAAGACCCCGUAACCCAAAGACAAAUCCAAAUAGAACAGAUUGACGCUUCCCUCAAUUGGACCCUGUACCCCAAAAAGCUAAAGCCUCCCUCCAAACAAUAACAUAGACGCCGAAUCCCAAAAGAUUAAACGGUGCACCCCAAGACGAAUCGAAAAAGACAAGCAUCUCUCUUAACAGCUGCCACAUCAAAAAAAAUAUAUAUACACCUCGUUCCAAUCAAGGCAUACCCCAAAGGUUAAUGGCCUUCCUCCAGAAGACGCUGUUCCCCAAAUGACUGAUGUGAUUGCUCCACAAUGUUGUCACUGGCCACUAUUAGGGGAAACAUGCUACUUUUGUAUACUUGUGACAUGUGUUUUGAGUUUUGUGAGGAUCAUGAUGACCUAAUUCUUUCAUGUAAGGGAUCGAAAUGGUCACUCGUGACAUGGUAUCAUACAUGGCGUGCUUUAUACACACACAGACGCACACACACCUUGUAUUUGCACAUUUAAUUGUAAUGGUGGUGAUGGACACAGUAAGCUCACAUAUUUGAAAUCUAAUUAUGUAUAUUUUUAUAGUCCUGUGAAGUUUUGUAAAGUGAUCUUUUUGUGAUGUGAGCUCUAAAUAUCAAGAAAUGUAAAAAAAAAAAAGAAAUUUACGAGCGCUGUCCUGCGUUACUGAUGUUUGUAAAUAAACAAAAGUGGGAAGGUU